CCUUGUCCUGCACGGCGAAGCGUAGUGAUCACGCAGCGUCGCGAGUCGGUACGCGUAAGCCAUUUUUUUUAACGUGAGUUACGAAGCGUCGUAGUUCGAUUCAGUGAGCGGAGGAGUAACGAUCGCGCGAAUAGUUUUUUGUACGUUGACGUAUUUGUCGAUUCCAGUUCCUUUCUUUCUGUCUUUUUCGCAUUUACGAUGGAUACCUCGGUCAGCUAUCAUGCUACCUCGGAGACGGCGACGGCUGGGACGAUGGUGUCAUCCAAUCAACCGCGAAAGACAAAAAUAUUUGUGGGUCGGUUGCCAGAAAAUUGCCGCAACGAUGAGUUGCGACAAUUGUUCUUGCGCUUCGGCGAGGUGACGGAAUGCGACGUCAUGAACCGAUACGGUUUCGUCCAUAUGGCACGAGAAGAGGAUGCAGCGGCGGCGAUUAAAGCACUUCACAAUUCCAACUUCAAAGGGGCGACGAUCAACGUGGAACAGUCAACCGGAAAGUCACGCGGGGGUGGAGGAGGACGCCGAGAUGACCGAAGAGGUGGACCUAUGAGAGGUGGUAGGGGCGGACGAGACGGUGGUAGAGACGCUCGUCCUGGACCAUACAAUGAUAGAAGAGUUCUUCCGAUCCAACUCGUUGGUUACGAUGGAUCUGCUGCAGGUGGCGUCGCAACGGGGUACACCGAUUACAAUCGUGGAGCUGGCGACUUUAGCGGCCGUGGAGCGGACUUCGGCACCGGCUACGCUGACCGUGGAGCCUAUGGUCAGAACGUGGGCGGCGCGGCGAUGGGUUACACCUCGACAGCGCCCGGGAUGGGUGGCGGAUACGGACCAGCAGCUGGCGCCGUGGGAGGAUACGGACCAACCGGCGCGGCGGACUACGGACGGACGGCUGAUUACGGUCGCGCAGACUUCGGCGCGAGAACAGACUAUGGUAAUCACGGUGGUGAAUAUUUCUCUAACGGUGAAAUUGGCGGCGGCAUGGCCGGAGAUUUCAAUCGUGGCGCACCUGGCCCAGUUGAUUAUGGCCGUACUGAUAAUUUCGGUGCUAGUCGCACGGUCGAUUAUACCGCUAGAAAUGAUUAUGACCGAAGUGCAACUGGGCCAAUGAGGAACGGUGGUGGUGCCGUUGCCAGUACUGGGUAUGGUACUGGUUACACUGAUGUGGGAUAUGAUGAAAGCCACUGGCCAAUGAGCACUGGACCUAGCUACAGCACUGGGGCACCUAGUUACAGCACUGGCCCAGGACCGCAAGCUGACAUGUUUAGCAGAAGACCUGGCAGUGCAGUCCCCAGUGGUGGAUAUCCACCGGUAGCUGGCGGUUACGCUGAGGGGUAUGACAGACCAGACGCAUAUGGUCCUCCACGUGGCGGCGGACGCUUCCCAGGUCCGGCAGACGCGAUGCCACCGAGGUACUAAAAGUGUACUAAACGCAUACACACUAGCGCAUGCGAAAGGCAACAGUAAAAACAAAAUAUCUUUAGCGGUGAUUAUUUGCUUAUGGAUUCAAUUAUUUAGAAACUGCCCUCUGCGUUUGAUAUUUUGAGUCCAUAUGAGACACAUGUAAUUUAUAUCCUGUGUUUAAUUGUAUCGUGAGAUACAGCAAGGAAAUAAGAACACACAGUAAAUGAUAAAAGUAAUAAAUUAAGUUUAAAUCUUUUCGAUGAGUGAAUGUGGAUCAAAAAUUUAUAAAAUAUAUAAUUAACGAAUAUAUUGUAUUAGUUUAUCGUAUUCUAUGAAGAGAUUUCUCGGCAUUAUAUUGUUCAUGUAGUUUGUGUUCACAGUUCUUUCCUUUAUUCUGUUUUUCUACAAAUAAACAGGAUUGAAUAUGUAUUACCUCUAGUGUGGGUCAAGUAUUUUCCUGAAACUGAAUUCUUUGAACGCCCACAUUAUAAGCAUAGAUAAUUCUGUUGUACGCAAUAAGAUUAGUUCUACAAGAAGUGACUUAUUAACUAUGUGCUACAAUUGAAAUUAAUCUCCUGUGUAAUCUUUUUUUACAUGUAAGAACUUAAAUAAUAUUUUAAAUGUUUAUUGAUAAAAACAGAAAAUAUACCUAAUAAUAAUAAUAAUUAGCAUAAUGUAUCUUUAUACAUAAAACAAAUAAAAUGCAAAGGAGUAUCCUAAAGUAAUCGAGAUCUCUUAUGAUAUAAUUUAUUUCUUCUUUUUUUUAGAAUUGAUUCGUAUGUAGUACUAUCCUAAAGUUUAAUUAUUUCCUAAUUUGCCAAGAUACAUAUCACCAAAGAAUUGUUAUGGCAUUUUUCAUUUUUCUUUUCUCUCUCUCUCUCUCUUCUCAAAGUUUUACACAAAGUUUUAUUAAAUAUAUAUAAAAUGAUUAUUUUUAUUAUUAUAAAGUAUAGUUUUCUUUUACUCUAAUGUCACGCUGCUUCGGUAAAAGAGAUUGUCAAUACAGCAGCGACAAGGGAUAAAUAUUAAUUAUUUAUUUAACAUAAAUUAAUCUGUGCUAUUGAUAGGAGCGAACAGAAGAAAUUGCUUAGUAAUAAUCAGCGUGCGUCCAAUUUUGUUACAUAAUGUUAAUUCUUAAUUCGACGGCGUUGUGCAUUGUAAUCUUGAAUUAUUUCUAGGGUAACUACAAUGCAUAAACUUUCAGAAAUUAUGAUACAUCACUAUAAAUAUAGCAAUAAUGUUCAUGCAAUAUCAAACAUUUAUACAACAUAGUAAUAAUAAUAAUUCAAGACGAUAGUUCAAAAUGGGCUCGGAGUAGUAGACAUAUAAAUAAAAUAGGGUACUUCCGGAAUUUGAUGGCAAUGCAAAACGUCAACCUCCAGCUGGUGCAGUUUACUUAGUUAGGCCUGUACUGAAACAUCGGUUUGUGAAUGUGCGGCGAACGCGUUGCCGUACGUUAUCCUGGUGGCGGCUUGUCGACCUGCGAUUAUUGAAGAAACGAUUACGACGAUUACUCGCUAAGCGUGGCUACCCGUAGAUGCGACGAUCAGCGAAUAAACCAACCUGCGAUAUAUGGAUAAUGCGCCACAAAUUGCGUUUGCGCUCAAAGCUGGCGUGCUUUGAAUUUAACCAAGAAGAUUCCAAACGGGAUGAGGACAGACUGAUGGACAUUGAGAUGAACUCAAUGGGAACCGCUAAUUACCCUCAAGAAGCAUUCGUUCUCGUUUGCAUGGCACGAGAGAUGCGGAGAAGAUGGAUGGUAAUGCCUGGCUGCUUUUAACUAAAGAUAGAAAGCACGCAGGAAUAAAGUAUUGUAUAUGGAAUUACUAUCAAUCAUGUGUAGUAUUUUACUGGAAUAAACAUAACGUUGUUGAAA